AAAAUCGGAGAGUGGGGCAAAAGGAGAGAACACACCUCACCGCUGAAGAACAGGUUUGAGAGGCUGUGAUGUAAAGCAGCUUUGCGCAAUGCCGCCGCAGCCGUGUAGAAAGGGCAGAAUUCCGCCCGCAGUCCCACCGCCCCGGGGGGGAGAGGUGUCGUGAGGAGCUCGCCUGAGGGACGACAGCAUCGGAGGGACAACAAAGGGGCGACACCCCCCAGGACAGAGGCGACAGACACCGUGGAGGCAAUUUUCCAACAUGAAUCUGGCAGCAGAUCUUCUCUGUUUGUUGGCUUGUCUUACCGUGGUGACUUGUGACCGGGUCUACGUCCAUCCUUUCAAUUUGUUUUCUUUCAAAGAGAGUGACUGCGACAAGCUGGAAAAAUUGGUUCAGGAGGGAAACACCAUUGUCCCUGUCUCCAUUGAGUCCCAAACCACACCUGAGUAUGAAGGUGACGUGAAUGACAACAACAAGCUGGAAGCCCCAAGCCUCAAUGCCUGGGGGAAGGAGGAACGGGGCUACCUGAGGGACUUGGUGUACGUCCUGGGUAUGCGGUUUUACAGCACACUGCAAAAAGCACAGAGGGGCCAAAAUGUGCUCCUGUCCCCAACCAGCCUCUACAUCUUCUUGGUGUCUUUCUACCUGGGCGCCUCAAACCAGACAGCACUUGAUUUGCAGGGUUUUCUGGGAUUUGUUCCCCCCUCUGGAAACCCUGACUGCACUUACACGGCAGUCGGAAAUAAUUUACUUUCCAGCCUGAGGACGAUCGAAAGGCUUGCGAACAGUGGGGACGAGGAGCUGCUCUUCUCCAAGACACUGAGCCUGUUCUCUGCCCCUGGCAUACCCCUAUUUCAGCUGUUCAUGGAGCACUUGCUCCUCAGUGCUGAUGCAUUCUACACCCGAGCUGUUGACUUUACAAAUCCAGGCAAGGCAGCAAAACAAAUAAAUGCCUUUUUGGAGGCCAAAAGCCAGGGACAAAGCAAGUGCUUACUGGCAGACAUCGACCCAGCCGCCGACCUGCUGUUUGCAGUGGAUGUCCGCUUGGCAGUGAAUUUUAAGCAAGCCUUCCUGCUCAAAGAGCCUCAGGAGUUCUGGGUGGAUUCAAACAAAAAGCUCUUGGUCCCUAUGUUGUCUAUCACGGGGACGUUCAAGUACAAAACUGAUGCCAGUGGGGCUUUUUCUGUGGUGGAAGUCCCCAUCAGCAAGACGGCGCUGCUGGUGCUGCUGCAGCCCAUCAAUGGCACUGACCUGGAGCACGUGGAGUCCGAGCUGACAUGGCAGUCCUCAGCCUGGCUCCAGCAGCUGUCCCCAAGAGAAAUUAAAUUAACGCUGCCGGCAUUGACACUUGAAGAUAGCUCUGAUUUACAGGAGCUUCUUGCAGAUAUGGAACUGCCGGCACUGCUGGGGAAGGGCGCAGAUUUCAGUAAGAUAAGCAACGCCAGUAUAACAGUUGGAAAGGUAAUAAAUAAAGCCUUUUUCAAACUGGCCAGUGAUGGAACAGAUCAGCCAGAAGAGCCCGCAGCACAGAAGGAAGAUGGGGCAUACGUGGAUGUAACACUGAACAAGCCAUUCCUUUUUUCUGUUUUCGAAAAGCAGUCAAGAGCAAUGCUUUUUCUUGGCAGAGUAGUAAACCCUCUGCAUGAGGAUUAAAUGCAAACACAGAGGAUAAGAAAGGAGUGGAAUGAUGCACAUUUCCCAUCACCACCUUCUUAUUCAUCAGAUACUUUUGUGAUGUUGUUGAGUGCUCUACUUAGCUUUGAGAUGAAGCAGUUAGCAUUUGAAAUACAGCUUUUUGAAAGCUAACACCUUGCAACAUUUCAUCCUUGUUCAUCUAUUUCAUGUGAGGUGACUGACAUCCUUCCUCCAGCUUCCAUUUAUUGUCUCCCUUUUGCUCCUAGUUCCCUUUUUGGAUGCCGCAGGGCAGGGCAGUGUUUCAAUGCAAGGCAUCACCUUGAAAAACAGAUAUAUAAGCAGCAUUUACUAUAGAAAAGAACCUCUUCAUUCUUUAAAAAGAUUUUUUAAUUGUAUGGUCAGUUUUGCAAGAGAGACCCCCUUUUACAUUGCAGUGAAGAUUUUACAACUAUCCACAGAGAUUUCUAGCUUCAUCAGCAACAUUUCCCUUCAAAAUGCUGCCAACAGCACAGGCAAGCUUUGCUUGUCCCACUGAGACAAGAUUUUUUGCCUUGGAAGCAAAAACAUGCUUAGAGGAAGUUUCUUCUUUCUGCAGCCCAGAUGGAUAUGUUCACUUCUUAACUCUAUGGAAAUGCUAAAAAUAGGGUUUGGUAGUACUAAUGAACUGUGAUGGAUAAAUUCUCAGAGUGUGACAGAAUUAUCUCUGAUUUUUUUAGGGAAAAAAAACCAAACCACAAGGUCUACUAUUCCAAUACAAUUCAAUUUCUUGGAUUACUUUAUAACCUGUGAGGCAUUCCUUACAGCCUUAUAGCAAAGAAGGACAUUACUGGUUAGAGUCCAGUUCUGUAAACUUUAACAUCCAAACCAUAUGUUCUUUAAAAAUAGCAUUAAUGGCAACAAUAUAUAUUAGUAUAAAUAGUGGAUGUGGUGCUGCUUCUUGAGAAUAAAAUGAUUACAGCAGUCCAGUCCAACUCUUAACAGAGUCAUAAAAAUUUGGAUCAUUAAAGUGGAACAACAGAUUAUUAGAUGACUGUUGAAUUAGGAAGUGAGGAAUUGGGAAACAAACCUUGGUACUAAGGAAAGCCUGGAACAAGGAUUUCCACGUCCCAUCUCUAGAUUCAUUGUUAGCACUGAUGGCACUUAGGAAAUAACUGCAAGCCUCUUUGGCAUAUCAUGUGAGACAUAUCCCACAGCGCACAGCAGCUCAUUAUCAUCCACAGUGGUCGAAAUGUGUAUCUAAUCUAAAUGCACUAAUGCCAGCAGCUUGCUAUCAGUGAUGUUGAUAUGUGACACAUCCUUGUAGUUUAAUGGAAAAUGCCAUAACAUUACAAAUAAAAUAACCCUCAAGAAUAUUAGCCUACAGCAUCCAUGUAUUUAUCCGUUUAUAUUGUAUGUAUUCCAGAUGCUCUAACAUCUAAAUACUGUACUUGUUUAUAUACAGAAGUAAUUAAGUAUGAAUAUGCAGAGUGGAAAGACACAAAUAAACCCACUUCCAAGUUUC